GAGAAGCUUAUCAGCAAAAAAGAGUCACGCACUGAGAGUAGCAUCAAUGGCGGCCACCAGAGCGAUAGCCAUAGCCAUAGCCAGCAACUCCACUUGCUCUAUCCUUAACAAAAAGCCCUUUCUGGGUGUCCAAUCCCUUUGUCUCAACAACCUCAAAAUUUCUCGGACUAGGAGAUCUUACACCUGCAGGGCCAUCUACAACCCCCAGGUUUCGAUCAAAGAGGAAGGCCAACCCGAAACCCUCGAUUAUAGACUUUUCUUCGCCGAUAAAUCUGGCAAAAAGGUUUCUCCCUGGCAUGAUAUUCCAUUGCAGUUAGGUGAUGGUGUCUUCAACUUCAUCGUUGAAAUACCAAAAGAAUCCAGUGCAAAGAUGGAGGUUGCCACUGAUGAGCCUUUCACUCCCAUAAAACAGGAUACAAAAAAAGGGAAGCUUCGAUAUUAUCCCUAUAAUAUACAUUGGAACUAUGGGUUACUUCCACAAACAUGGGAAGACCCGUCUUUAGCAAACUCUGAAGUUGAAGGAGCAUUUGGAGAUAAUGAUCCAGUUGAUGUGGUUGAAAUUGGUGAAAGCCGGAGGAAAAUAGGUGAGGUUCUCCAGAUCAAACCCGUGGCUGCAUUAGCCAUGAUUGAUGAAGGAGAACUUGAUUGGAAGAUAGUUGCAAUCUCAUUAGAUGAUCCAAAGGCUUCACUUGUGAAUGACAUUAAUGAUGUUGAGAAGCAUUUUCCGGGAACGCUAACUGCAAUUAGGGACUGGUUCAGAGACUACAAGAUACCUGAUGGAAAGCCUGCAAAUAAAUUUGGGCUUGGCAACCAAGCAGCAAAUAAGGAUUAUGCGCUUAAGGUCAUCACUGAGACCAAUGAGUCGUGGAAUAAACUUAUCAAGAGAUCAAUUCCUGCAGGAGAGUUGUCACUUGUGUAAAUGUAUUGGUGGAGUGUCAGCUGCUCAUGCCACUAGCAUUUUCAGCAAUUCUAUUUAUGACGUCACAAACUCUUCUGUUGAGCUUCCCGGUUAUGUCUUUUACAUCAAUGCCCUUUUGGCCAGGCGUUAGUUAUUUUGUCAUUUUUUUUUUUUAAAUUCAUAUUUCAUUCUAAUGAGAUAACUUUAUAUGGUUCGUGAA